UCACUUUUUAUUGCAUGCAAGCCGGUACUAUCAGUUCAGUAAGUUGCGAAUCUACAAAAUGGUUAAAGGACCCAAGCCGUCACACGUUACGUCGUGUCGCUUUUCACCACAUCAAAGACCUGUUGAGAAAUUACGAAAAAAAUCACAGAAUCUGCACGAAAACAAAACAUCGGAAAAAGAAGAACUUAUGAAGCUGUAUCAACAAUUAAGUAACAUCAUUCCGUCCUGUCGCAACAAAUGUACAUCCAGUGUUGACAUUGUAGUUAGUGCCGUAGAUUACAUUCGUGAACUACAUUCUUUACUUGAAAACACCAAUGUUGAAUCUUCGCAUGAAUUCAGAUUUUCGAAGCUCAACGUGGCGUUCUCUUCGUAGGGUUGCGAGCUAAAGUCAUUUGGAUUCGAAAAGUAAAAGUGAUAUCGCCGUGCUGGGAGAUUCGGCAAAGGAAUGGCAACCUGGGCGAAUACUGAAAGUUCUUAGGCUGAUCAAAUAGUAGAGUCGGAAAGAUAGUCACUUUUUCAUUCUAUUUUCUCGUCCCAUUUGUUAGUAAACAAAGAGCAUUCAAAGAAUUAUAACCUGUAUAAGAAUUCCUCACGUCUUAUAUGGUACGUUGUUAAUAGUUUAAAACACGAUCAGGAUAUUUGGAUAACAUAUGUGCUAAAGAUGUCCCAUCUUACCCCACAAAACAAUAUUAUUGUUACGGCAGUGUUCAACAUAUCUAACAAAUGCAUUUUUAUUAUAAUAUUAACUAUAAAGGCCUACGCAUUAUAUGUUGUUUGCAGGUCAAUCAAUGUUUCCAAACAAACUGUCUAUUAUAAAAUCAGUAUGUUUUGCACUGGAAGUCCAUUGUUAUAUAUUGCAUAAUAAAACAGAAAUUAACCUAGAAAUA